AUGAAGACCCAGAGCUACGCACUGUCGAGAAUAGCGGCGAAAACGUGGGGACUAGGGCUAGCCAAAGCGCGAGAAGUGUACACAAAGUGCAUCCGGUCGGCGCUGGCCUAUGGCGCAUCGUCGUUCCACAUCCCCACGGACGUGGAAGGCGAGCCGGUAAAGAAAGGCAUCACCGGGGCCCUCGGGAAGGUCCAGAACAAAAGCUUGCGGAUUGUGGCGGGAGCCUUCAAAGCCACUCCCAUUCGCAACCUCGAGACAGAGACGUGGGUGCCACCGUUGGACCUGUAUUUCAACAAACGGCUUGCAGACUUUGAAACCAGACUCCAGCGAACCGACCUGGACGACGGCCAGGGCGGCAAGAGGACCGCAGGGGGCAUCAUUCUCACUGCCUGUCGCAAGAUACAGCAGAGGCUCCACCCGAGGAGCGGCAACAGGGGCCGGCCGCGAACCGUGGGACUGCAGGAGCCCACGGCAGUGGAGAAAGCCGCGAGCACGAUCGCGCGCUGGACGGGGGGAGCCGCAGACACGGACAGUGUGGUAGAGGACGCCUGGAGAGCGAGGUGGCUGAAGGAACGAGACGGCAGAGCAGUCAUCAGACCGGCGGACGACCUUGACCAUCAGCGGGAGACGCUGUUCCGGGACGAAACCCUAAGACGACACGACGGCCUGAGCAAGGCGAAGAGCUCUCUGCUGGUCCAGAUCCGGACAGGGGCAGUAGGCCUACGGGACUUUCUGUUUACACGGGGAGUCCCAGAGGUCCUAACGCCCGCCUGCCAGUGCGGCGAGGGACGGGAGACUGCCGAACACCUGGUGGUGUGGUGUUUGGCUCCACCGCUGACUCGAAGAUGGGAGAGAACUGAUAUUCGAACGCGACGGGACUUUUACUCUGUUCUACACGGUAUUGAUCCUACAUCGGCACGGCUCGCGGGGAGGGUCCUGGAAUGGCUAAUGGACUCAGGGAGGCUGAUGAUGUUCAGUUUGGCCAGGAGGCUCGAGCUGGAAGCGGCGGCCUAG